AUGAGUUCGGGUGAUAAUUGCAUUGCUGAUUGGCAACAUACAUCCUUUUCCUAUUAUAAAUACGUCCCAUCCCUUGCUGCUGCAGGGAUUUUCAGCGCUCUAUUUUGUUUAUCAUUAGCUGGCCACUCCUUUCAGAUGGUCAGAGCAAAGGCAUGGUUUUUAACGCCAAUGGUCGUGGGCUGUUUAUUUGAGUUUAUUGGCUUCAUUGGCAGAGCUGUUUCGGCACAUCAGAAACCAGGAUGUUGGACCGAGGCUCCAUAUCUUGUACAGACAUUGUUCAUAUUACUUGCUCCGGCACUCUUUGCAGCAUCGGUGUAUAUGUCCCUCGGACGGAUUAUCGAGCUCGUGGAUGGAGAAAAACAUGCGAUUAUAAAGCGGAGAUGGCUUACAAAGAUAUUUGUUUGCGGUGAUGUCGUCUGCUUUCUUCUUCUUGCUGGUGGAGGUGGCAUGUUGGCCUCCGCGAAGACCAACAAGGCAGAAUUUGAUGCGGGUAACAACAUUAUAAUCGGCGGCCUAGUGCUUCAGCUUCUUUGGUUCGGAUUCUUUGUUGUCAUAGCCCUUGUAUUCCACCGUCGAAUGAUACUGGCGCCAACAGCACGAAGUCAUCAGGCGGAUAUAAAUUGGAGCAGCUAUCUCCACGCACUCUAUGUUGCAAGUGCGCUCAUUAUUACUCGAAAUAUAUUCCGUCUCAUUGAGUACUGUCAAGGCAGUAAUGGGUACUUGCUGACCACAGAAGUCUUCGUCUACUGUCUGGAUGCACUGCCAAUGUUCUUGGUUGUUGCCUGGUUCCAUUGGAAAUACCCUGGCGAUAUGAGUCCCCUACUCGAAAAGAAAGCUCUUUACAACGAUUCAAUGCAAGAAAUUGAAAUUUGA